UGAGGUGAUCAAUGGUUGCUUGGAUUGGCGUUGAGUUUUUCUGAAAUGAAACGCAAUUGUUUUUCGCAGGUAAUGUGCUGCAUCUUCGACCAACUGUCCGGGCCGGAACGACGCCCACUGCAUCUGGUGUGCCACGGCUGGUACCGGAUGUUGACCACGAAACACUAUCUGCUGGGGCGCCGGCUACGGUUGAACCCCGAUAACGUGGAGCUGUUCGAGAUGAACGGCGAGGAUGUGCGCAAAUUUCCGUGCGUACGCGUACGCGACGACGAAUCUAGUCCAAGAUCUGUGAACAGAAGGAACUUUCUCAGCCUACUGCGCAGGGUGGUGUUUGGGGAGGAUGUGCUUGAAAACGUGCAAGAGCUAACGCUGGAAGGAGUUCAAAGUGAUCUGCUGGCUGAGCUGUUUGGUGGUUGUUUAGUGCGAUUUCCGAAUCUGAAGGUGUUGGUUGUGAAUUGUUUCGAGUUUGAUGCGUUGCAUGAUGUGAGGAAGUGGAAUCUCUCAACAUCUCUAACAUCUCUGGAGAUUUCUGUUAGCAAACAAGAAGAAAUUCAAUUGAUUGAAGCGGUAGCAGAACAGCUGACAGUGUUGUGCAUUGAAACUACAAGAUUAAACCUACUGCUCAAGUGCUGUGAUGUUGGAAAUUUCAACAAAUUACGAACGUUAAAACUCAAGUCAGACACGUUCUUUCCAGAGCGAUUUUCUAGUCCAAAUGAUAUAAGUGAUAAUUUUAGAAAAACUUUAGCACAAAUAACUACGCUUAGCAUUGUGUUUCGUCACAACGACUUUCUACUUGGAUAUGCGCCACUUUUGCAUUAUUGUACAAAACUGGAGUCUUUAUCAAUUUUUGGAGCUGAUUUGUGUGUUGCGGCCUGUAAUGUGAUAAGACAACUGAGUUGCUUGAAGAAACUGGAGCUUCUGGUUCGCAUCGAAAAGGAUGACUAUCUGCUACCGUGGAACUUACCAAAUCUAGCAAAUCUUCACACGUAUGUUGAGAAUUUGGCACCCCUCGGAGAGGACCUACCAGCACUGGCAACGAUUCGCAUCUCAAACCACACAAUCCGCGAGGGACGAUUCAGCAAUCGACCCGUUGAGAGAUUUUAUCUCAAAAGAUACUUUAGUCACUUUGAAUCGAUUCUCAAGCUGUUUCUGUACGAUGUCUAUCUGGAGGAGGAUUUGCUGCUCCAGUUCCCAAAGAUGAAAGUUCGCGAAAUCAUACUGCGCUGCGUGCGAACGAGCUCGCUGAUCCUGGACAUCAUCUACGAGCGGGCACCGGCGAUCUUCUAUCUGCGCUUUUGGGACUGCUGCUUUCUGGUGAGCCCUCGGGCCAAAAUUCCAUCCUUCGAAGCCCUGGGCCGUCUGCUGCCGCACGUUCGCAUCUCGCAUUCCAGUAGCAAGAUCAUCGCCACCAGCAGCUCAACCGCCGCCCUGGACCACGACCUGCCGACCAUCCUCCUCAGCUGAGGGGAAAACGCAUGU